UGGUGGGGUACUUCUCGCUCGCAACCAUUCCGAGCCGGGCGGCCUUUGAGGGAGGCGGCUAGUUAGUCCUUUUCUCCGGGGAGGAGGAGCGAUCCGGAGAAAGGGAACAGCGCUUGAGGCGGAUAGACCAACGCCAUGGUGUCCUGCAUCGUCUCCCGCGUCGUCGUGUUGGUAUUUGGAAUGCUGUAUCCCGCUUAUUAUUCAUACAAAGCAGUGAAGACAAAAAAUGUGAAGGAGUAUGUGCGAUGGAUGAUGUAUUGGAUUGUGUUUGCUCUUUAUACUGUCACUGAAACAAUAGCAGACCUCAUGAUUUCUUGGUUUCCUCUGUAUUAUGAGUUGAAGAUUGCUUUUGUUAUUUGGUUGCUGUCUCCAUAUACUAGAGGGGCAAGUUUAAUAUAUAGGAAAUUUCUUCAUCCUCUUCUUUCUUCAAAAGAAAAGGAGAUAGAUGAAUACAUUGUGCAAGCCAAAGAGCGUGGCUAUGAAACGAUGGUUAAUUUUGGCAAGCAAGGCUUAAAUCUAGCUGCUACAGCAGCAGUGACUGCAGCUGUAAAGGGUCAAGGAGCAAUAACUGAAAAGUUGCGAAGUUUCAGUAUGCAAGACCUAACAGCUAUACAAGGUGAUGAACCUGUGGGACAAAGGCACUACCAAACAUUACCUGAUACCAAAAAGAGAGGCAAAAAUUCCAGCACCACUGAAUCCUUAGGUUACAGUAUUCCAGUGAAAAAAGAUUCUGAAGAUGAUAAAACAGAUGAGGAGAGGGAGGGGACGUAUUCAGAGGAUGAGAUGUUUGCUCAGAGAGGUCUCCGGAGAACACAGAGUAUGAAAUCUGUAAAAACAAUCAAAGGUCGCAAAGAGGUGCGGUAUGGCUCAUUAAAAUACAAGGUGAAAAGAAGACCACAAGUGUACUUUUGAGUGAUCUUCGCAGCUCAUCUGAGAUGAAAUUGCUGUUAUCAGUUGUUUCCUGCAGGCCACUAUAGGCCUGGGCUUGUGUACUUCGCUUCCCCAUUCUCUUGAAAGGAAACACUUGUCAGUGUGGAUUCCCGUUACUAGUGCAGAGUUUUUUCCUGGUUAUUGAAGAGAAAGGGGAACACUCUUCAUGCACAGUGCUCUGCAUGCAUACCUGAGUUACUGGACCCUGUGGAUUUAUGCAUACCAAAAAAAUCAAUCAUGGUGGUAAGAAUUUAUUGCUUUCAAGGGCAAAAUAUGAUAUGAUUAGGGUCAGUUUUUGCAAACUAAUUACUAAUAUGGAUAGGUAGCACUUCAGGUUUCUGUGCUUCAUAAAUAAUGUAAUUUAAAAACUGGCAGUUAGCUAUUAAUUGUAGCUCUCAUGGAUGAGCCUUUUUAGUAGUUGGUUGAUAUUUAACAAGGAAAAUGAUGCACUUCCAGAAUUUCUUACUAUAAUUACAAACUUUAUACUUGAAUACAUUAUAUUUCCAAAUACCUUAAAAUUCCUAAUAUCUUAGUGUCAGAGAAAUGAAUGAAAUGGAAAUAGGAAUAAUUUGCCGCUAAUACUCAUAAUGACUUGGAUCCAAAGAUCCAAAGGUUCGUGCAGGGAAUUUCUGCUACACAGUAGUACUGACUCUUAGAAAGAAAGAGUCUCCAUGCCAUAGGACAGUCUGGUUUUAAAUCUCUCCUCAAUGCCCUAUGACAUGGGGAAGCUGCUUAGUCUAAGGAUUGCUUGGGCUUACAGAACCUGUUUAAUGGUUCUUUUGAGGUGUGCAUAUUGCUAUGUAAGCAACAAUUUGAAUGUAACUUGUGUAUUAAGAGUAUCUGAUUGCUCAGUAUGUUGCUGUGCCCAUUUCUGUACAAAUUCAAACAUACUGAUUUUUAACGCUAUGGGAGUUUUGAUGGUUUUAUUUUUCAGUUCAGUGUUGACCAAGGAACAUAGAAAAUGGUUUUAUUCCAAGACAGCCCAUUGUUCCAUUCAGCUCUGUGUGGUUUAUUUUUGUUGGCAGUUUCAGGUGAGAAUCUUUGGAGUACCACUGGUGCAUCUGUGAGGAUGCAGCCAAGUAAGAUGGAUCAGGUGCUUUUUCUUUGGGUUAAAAGUCCAGAAUGUAUGAAAAGGAAUUGGAGGGCAAGUUUAAAAACCCAUAAUCUAUCUAAGCUUUCUGUCAGAUCUUGUCACAUCGUGUCUUAUAUUGGAGACUGCAGACUUAAGAAGCCCCCCCCCCCCCCAAAAAAAAAACAAAUCCCACACAGACUGCAUAUCCUAAAUUGACUUGUUUCUCUUCUGUCUCGGUCUGUGAUUUUCCAAUGUUAAUUUUUUAAAGCAUAUUUUUUUCAUUUAUGUGUGGCAAUUUUUUUUCUUGCAGACUAUUGCUAAAGACUUUAUGUUUGGGCCAUGCUCAGAACUGAAAGCCAUUUUAGCAGUACAGAGAACUGGACCAUUGGACUAAUAUAGAAGCCUUCUAUAUUAUAUAAAACCAGCAUAAUCUGUAGAGCCUGUUUUCACUUCAUACAGUUCUGCAAUUUCCUUUGUACUGUUUCAAAGCAGCAUUUUGAAAUGCUGACAGAUAUUUAAGUGGCACUACUUAAAGCCUGGCUCACGAAGUAGUACAUUUAUUUAGAUGUAGCAAUGGGCAAUGUGACUUGUCUGUUCUUGUUGGGUAAAUCUUCUGAUCUCUUGGGAUAACCAGAGUUUUUCAUAUUGGCAUCUGGAUGAAAAGAAUCAUGCUAUUCCCUUAGUGAUUAAAUAUAUUUUUAAAAAAUAUCAUAAAAUAAGAUCCACAUUUUAACACAGUGCUGGAACUUUUAUAACUGAACACUUGAAAAAAUGCUACUAUUAUAACCCUUGGUACUAGGCUUUAACUUGAGGUAAAUAGAUCCCAAAGCUGCAUAGCUUUCUUGAUGCAUAGAAAAGUAUAUAUAGGAGUUAAAUGCAUUUUUAUUUGAUGUCAUAUAGGAGUGUUUCCUCUCUGCAAAAGAUUAACUUUAUGCUGAAAACUGGUAGCCUACCCAGUUUGGGAAACCAGAGAGCCCUUUUUCUUUACACUGCUACAAGCUUCAGAAAUAGGAUUCAGUAUCAUAGAAAGAGUGUCUGCCAUUACAUUUCAUUGUAGCUAUUAAUGUGAUUACACUCACUAUAAGGAGAACAGAGUGGGAUACAUAAUUCAAUGGACUAUAAUUGAGACAAACGGUCCCAGCAUUACAGUAUCUUUCACAAUGCUUGCUGUUCUAUAGAACUUUGGUUAAGAAAUACUAGGCUAUUUUAAAAUCUAGUUCUUUAGCAUGUUGAGAAUUUAGUUCUCUAAUAGGAGUGGUUAACUUGUGACCUACCAGAUAUUGACUAUAGCUUGUGUAAUUCCUCAUCUUUGACAAAUACCAUCUAGGGCUGAUAGGAAUUGCACUCCUUCAGCAGGCUGUUGUCUCAAGUACUUCUAAAAGAACCCACACUUUCUCUUAGUUUGCUUCUCAUGCCACACUUCACUUGUAACCUGCUUGUCACCUUGAAACCCUCACUGUAAUGGGUCAAAUAAGUCUUCCAGCUUUCGUCUUUCUCCUCAUAAGCGGUCAAAUCAAGUAACUUCAAAGGAAAUUUAUUGGAUAGGAAGUGGUUGUGUAAUGAUGCGUUCUAAUGCAUCAGAUUGUGAACAUAUUAAAAACACAACCUUGCCAGGGGGCUGGAAUCAUUAGCAUAUACUGAAAUAACACACACCAAAAUACAGUAUUUAGUACUUAGAAGCACUUAUGAGAAAAAUUUAAUUAAGAGAACCCUUGACUGGCUAUAUCUUCCUGGGGCAAGGAAUUCUGUCACAUUCAAAAACUGCUUUCCAAGGAAACCAGAAAUGACACAUUGUUCAUAUUCUCAGUAAGUGUUCUUCAGUGAAAUGAAUGAAAGGCAGUUCCUCUUCCCCAAGCCCACAUGUUCUUUAGCUCCUUGGAUUCAAACAGUGGCAGUGAAAAUACUAAAAUUUUAAUUAUAAUUUUUGACAUGUACACUACCAGAAAUAAGAUAUUGUGGAGGAAAGAUAGGGCUUCCACUAGGUCAAUAUCAUGUAAAAUAUUACACAAAAGCAUCAUAUGCAGAGAGAACAUUUUAAACUAUAUUCAAGGACUGCUUCUACUUGCGAGUUCUUACAGGUGGUGGUUUCAACAUUUGGAUUCAUCUUAACUUUAACGACUCAAAGCUUUAAUUCUCCUAAUUAAUGGUCAACUUGUUUACAUAUUUGUAGUAGAGAGAAGAUUCUUAGCAUUUUGUACUGAUAUUUCUUUACCUUUGUAAAUGCUAUUUUUGAAGAUGUAAUGGCUCUUUUUAUUUUUAAAAAAGCAGUAUUUAAUAAAAUGAGUACUCUCAA